UUGAAGAAUCAUGCAGUCGGCAGGCAGCAGCAGCACCAACACAUCACAGCAUCCGAGCACAGACCUGCUUCAACUUUCUGCAGCCAGAAAUGAACAAAACAAGUGUCUCUGUUGACGUCCAGUUGCACACUCUGUGUGCUAGGAGUUAGAGGCAAAAAAAAAAAAAAAAAAAAUACAAAGCAAAAUAAAAUAAAAUAAAAUAAAAGGAUCCUGUAAUCGUAAGCAGUUUGCAAAGGAUCGUGUGAUUAAAACGAAUCUCUGAGCUAUAGAACUGACAGGGUUUGAUUGUAAUGCAACUGAUCUUUUAUUUUUUAUUUUGUUAAAGCUGGAUCGAAAAACAAUCGUCCGAUAUUUAAACCUCCGUCGGUCCGACUGUUCUCUAUGAUUUGUACGGCUGUCGAAAUACAGAGAGCGGCACCCUUUGUCACAGUGCAAACAAACAUACUGAGUGCAGGCGAUGGUGUGUUGACUAUACGGAAUUUGAAUUUGAAGUGUUUCAAAAGGCAAACUCAUUCAUCUUGAAGUUGCGUUUUAAUUAGACAACACGCUGUUUUGCUGCAGACGGAGAAAUGCGAUAUUUUGACGACGCAGUUUUCCCAACCUUUAGCCUUUAAGCGUGCGGCGCUGAAGCUCUCUGGACGGCGUGGUGCUGAAAGGAUAGCGCACGCUGUAUGUAGACAACCGGACGGACUGCUGCUGCUUUCACUUCAAACCUUACCUGGCAUAGCAGCUACACAUUAUUCAUCUGAACUGAUCGGAUUCUUCUUUGUUAGUUUGUUUAUAUGUUUGUUUUCUUCCUGCAGCUUCUUAGGCUGAGUACGCCCUUUGGUUGAAUGUUUGCCGGGUUUAAUGGCUGUGGCACGGAAGAUCAAAACUUUGCUGACUGUUAACAUUUUGGUUUUUGUGGGGAUUAUAUUGUUUUCGGUGUACUGCAGGAUCCAGGACCGCUCAGAGGAGCUCGUUCAGGUCGGAAGGAGCUCCGAUCAAAGGAUCCGAAGCCGGAACGCCAAGGUCGGCAACUUUGUGGACAAACAGUCCAUCCUUGAAAGACUGGAGCACCUGGAGGACGUGGUCUACAACCAACUAAAUGGUCUUGCCAAACCAAUGGGAUUAGUGGAAGGACCUGGUGGUUUGGGGCAAGGAGGAGUCGCUGCCACCCUGAGGGAUGACAGCCAUGAAUCAGAGAGCAAGUAUGAAGAAUACGGCUACAACGCCCAACUGAGCGACAGGAUAUCGCUGGACAGAUCCAUUCCGGACUACAGACCAAAGAAGUGCAAACAGAUGACCUACCCAAGUGCCCUUCCUCAGAUGGCCGUGGUCUUCAUCUUUGUGAACGAGGCUCUGUCAGUGAUCCUGCGGUCUGUGCACAGCGUUGUCAACCACACUCCACCACAGCUCCUCAAGGAGAUCAUUCUGGUGGAUGACAACAGUGACAGCGUGGAGCUGAAAUUCAACCUGGACCAGUAUGUGAACAAGAGGUACCCGGGGCUCGUGAAAAUCGUGCGCAACAGCAAGAGGGAAGGGCUGAUCCGAGCCAGGAUUCACGGGUGGAAGGCGGCCACGGCUCCUGUCGUGGGCUUCUUUGAUGCCCACGUGGAGUUCAACAUCGGCUGGGCUGAACCGAUUCUGAGCAGAGUUAGGGAGGACCGCACCCGCAUCCUGCUCCCGGCCAUUGACAACAUCAAGUACAACACGUUCGAGGUGCAGCAGUACGCCAAUGCAGCCCACGGCUAUAACUGGGGGCUGUGGUGCAUGUACAUCAUCCCGCCCCAGGACUGGCUGGACAAGGGAGACGAGACAGCUCCCAUUAGGACACCGGCAAUGAUUGGCUGUUCGUUUGUGGUGGACCGCAGCUACUUUGGAGAAAUUGGUCUCCUGGAUCCAGGAAUGGAGGUUUACGGAGGGGAAAACAUAGAACUAGGCAUGAGGGUGUGGCAGUGUGGAGGCAGUAUGGAGGUCCUGCCUUGCUCCAGGGUGGCUCACAUCGAACGCACUAAGAAGCCGUACAAUAACGACAUUGAUUACUAUGCAAAGCGCAACGCUCUCAGAGCUGCCGAGGUGUGGAUGGACGAGUUCAAGUCACAUGUUUACAUGGCAUGGAACAUACCAAUGAACAACCCUGGGGUGGAUUUUGGGGAUGUGUCCGAACGGAUCUCGCUACGGAAAAGGCUACAGUGCCAUGGUUUCCGAUGGUACCUGGAGAACGUCUACUCCGAGAUGCGGAUUUAUAACAACACCAUCACCUAUGGGGAGGUGAGGAACAGCAAGGCCAGUGGAUACUGCCUAGACCAAGGAGCGGAAGAUGAUGAUAAAGCCAUUCUCUACCCGUGUCAUGGGAUGUCUUCUCAGCUUGCCCGCUACACCACAGAGGGGCUUCUACAGCUGGGGCCCUUGGGCUCCACUACGUUCCUGCCUGACACCAAAUGCCUGGUAGAUGAUGGGAGGGGACGAACUCCAAGCCUACAGAAAUGUAAAGACGUCUCGAGAUUGUCUCAGAGACUCUGGGAUUUUACACAGAAUGGUCCCAUCAUCAGCAGGGAUACUGGCCGGUGUUUGGAAGUUGAAAUGUCCAAAGAUGCCAACUUUGGGUUGCGUUUAGUAGUCCAGAGAUGCUCCGGACAGAAGUGGAUGAUCAGAAACUGGAUAAAGCAUCCCAAACACUAACAUUCACCUGAGGAUCCUCCAGGUGUGCUCCUUGUAUUCAGGGAAACAUGGAACCCAAACAGGAGGCAUGACUGGGAAAACCAAAGGAUAACAUGGGUGUGUUCAUCCCAAUUUCGAGGCCAUAUUUAGCUCCCUGUAGAAAGGUGCUGGAAUUCCAACGAGAUCCCGUUAUUAAAAUGCCAAGAUAAAAGCAGACAAUUCUUCCAAUGCAGUCACAACAGAGGGCUGAACGCGUCAAUAUCUCAAGUGUUGAAUGGUUUCUUUAAAGACCACACAAAAAUUACUCAUCUAGAGGCUAAGACUGAAGGCAAAACUUGAUGCAACAUGGAUUUUUUUUGUUUUUUUGCCAAUACUUCAAUAAAGUACUUUUGCAUUGGGAACGGGGACAGCAUAGGAUAUCGAUUCCAUGUUAAUGUCUAUUGCAAUCACUAUGGCUGUAAACCAAGGCAGUCAUGGGCUACUAGCCACCCUGAAUAAUGAUUGUGGGCUUACUCAGAUGGGGUGGAGCCUUCCUGUAAAGAGAAGCUGAAAAGAGAAGAUGCCAAGCUUUUCUUAGUUUUAACUUAUUGACUGACACACACAUUUUAUUAAGAUUUAUUAUGUGCCUUUUUCAUUAAUAUAUGCUAUGUCUAAACAGGGAACAUCAAUCCCAAAAGCAUGUCUGAUUACAUUUAUUGAAGAAAAAUAUGUAAAUGUUACACAUAAUAGUAAUAUAUUGUACAACUGAACCAGGCAGCUGCCUUAA